AUGGCGAUUCAUUUCGAUGCCAAUGAGAAAUAUCUGCGCAAUCGCUACACGACCCACCUGUGUAAUCCACAGUCCGAUCCCGAACUCCGGCUCGCGCUGACAAAGUUCUACACCGUUGCCAUGCAAACGCAGCCCGGCCUGGCCUUUAUGUUCUUGGACAUUGAAGACCCCAAAGAAAGCGGCGACAAGUACAUCGUUGGAGAUCACAGUUGUCUGAAG